AAUCAAUAGCAUAAACUACUUGGAAAUAUCAAACUAAGACAAUGGCUGCUCCAACUGGUAAGGGUCCUGCAAUAUAUACAGAGGUGUAUUUUAACAACCAAACCGGUUACGAUCUCAGCAUUUAUGACAAAAAAGAUUGGUACGGGGGAGGAGAUCGGCCGCUAAAUGUUCCGUCGCUACAGACACGAUAUUUUAGGCACAUGGCCGAUUCCUAUGCAGGAAGCUCCGAAGGCGGAGCUGCGUAUGUUAUCAAAGAUAACAUUAGGUGGGUUAUUGUGUGGAGGAAUAUGAUGGAUGAAGCCAACAAGGUCUAUACUGCGAUUACUACCGACUCUUAUCUUAACUGGGACUUCUACCUAGAACAAGUGAAAGCAUCUAAAGAACAUGCAGAAGCGACUUAUUUAGGAUACAAAUCAACUGUUGACAUUAAUCUGAACGAGGUCAAACCGAACGUGAAUGCAAAAAUUGAGAAAAUUUAAGAUGUGCUAUGAAUGCACAACUAAAUUUAGAAAUGUGGCGUAAUAAAUGACUUGUGUUAAAGUUUUCCGUUAAUGUACGCUUUUAUAUUUUAAAUUUAAGAUGUUAUUUGAUGUUUCAAGUAAUUUG